UGAUACGCUAGGAGCAAUUAGGAAUUGACGAAUGGUAAGUUGCAUAAUUCUUUCCUUCUUUGUCGUUUGGGUUUGGGGUUCUCAGUAGCUUCAAAUGGUCAACCUUUUUUUUUCUCUUUUUUUUUUUCCUUUUGGAACGUAAUGAAAAAUGAGAAUUUGGGCAUAUGGGAUUUUACGUUUAGCGCCCGCCAUUAUAAUUUUCUAUAUACUCAAAAGUCUUGGUCAAUUGUUAUCUCAAGGAUAAUAUUAGCAAAGCACACCCACCUCUCUUUGUCAGGAACAAAUAAUAAUAGUCACAUUAUUUAUAUUAUUAUAUUAUGAAUCACCACUAGAGCAGGCAGCCCCUCAAUCUCUUUCAUUUCUUCCAAAAAAGAAAAUUAAUAGUUUAAGGUACAAAGACAUAACAAUAUUUAUCUCCGAUCAAACUUAUUUCUCUCACCAAUUCUUCUUUUCUUCUUGUAAGGAAAAGAAAUAAAGAAAUGAUAGUCCAUUUCUUCCUGCCAUCCCAUGUACACUCCAUCAUCAUCAUCACCCUCUUCUUUCUCUUAGUAUUCGUUUCAAUUUCUUAUUGUGAAGAUGAUGAGAAUUAUACAGAUUGCAGAAAACCCUUUAGUUGUGGAAACUUAACAGAUCUUUACUACCCUUUUUGGAGCGAUGAACGUUCUCGAGUCUGUGGUUAUGAAGGGUUCAAACUGGAGUGCGAAGAAGGUCAGUUACCUAACAUAACUAUAAGGGGUGAAGAAUUUCGUGUAAUCUCUGUAAAUCAUAACCAAAGCACGAUGGCAAUAGCUCGAGCGGAUUACUGGGCUAAUGCUUGCACCCAGAAUUUCGCCGACAUAAUCCUGAAUGAGACACUCUUCAAUUACACCCAACACAUUCAAAACUUAAGUUUAUAUUACAAUUGCGAAAUCGAGACUCUCAGCAAGAUACCACCAGAAAAAAGAUUGCCAUGCUCUUCUGCAAAUGGUGAAUCACUAAAUGCGUUCUACGCAACCGAUGAGCUUCUGGAAGAGUGGGGACUACUAAACAGAUAUGAGUGUCUGAAUACAGUAAAGAUUCCUGUUCCAGUGGAUACUCUUGGAGAAAUUUGGAGAGGAGUGGAUGCUUUGGAGAGAGUUUUGAGACAAGGGUUCAAUGUGUCGUACAGGAUUCAGCAAGAAUGUGUUCCAUGCGUUGCUAGUGGUGGGAUAUGUGGCACCAAUACAACUACCUUCAAUUUCACUUGCCUUUGUCGUGACCAGCCCCAUGAUUCUUGGUGUUCAGGUCAUCAUGAUGAUGAUCCAAAUUUAAAAAUGAAAGUUGGUAUUGGUAUAGUUCCCGUUUCAGUUGUGGUUCUAUUAGUGAUCAUUUUCUGUUUGUGCUUGAGAAGAGACUGUUGGAAGAAUCAAACAAAAGAAUCAGAAAGUAUCGAGGCAUUUCUCAAGAACCAUGGACCUAUGGCACUGAAAAGAUACAGAUAUACAGAAGUCAAGAAAAUGACACAGUCCUUUAAAGAUAAACUAGGCCAAGGAGGUUAUGGAGGUGUAUUCAAGGGGAAGCUACCUGAUGGCCAUGAUGUGGCAGUAAAGGUCUUGAAGGAAUCAAAUAGUAAUGGAGAAGAAUUUGUCAAUGAGGUAGCAAGCAUUAGUAGAACUUCUCAUGUCAACAUCGUUACUCUUUUAGGAUUCUGCUAUGAGGGCUCGAAACGUGCUUUGAUAUAUGAGUUCAUGUCUAAUGGGUCUCUUGAGAAGUAUAUAUAUAAAGAAAAGUAUUUAAGAGCUAAUCGUGAAUUGGAAUGGAAAACACUAUAUGAAAUUGCAAUUGGCAUUGCUCAGGGAUUGGAAUACUUGCAUCGAGGUUGUAAUACAAGGAUACUACAUUUCGACAUAAAACCCCACAACAUUCUCCUUGAUCAAGAAUUUUGUCCUAAAAUUUCUGAUUUUGGGCUCGCAAAAAUAUGCCAUGGAAGAGAAAGUAUCAUAUCAAUGGUGGGUGCAAGAGGGACAGUUGGAUAUAUUGCACCAGAAGUAUUUUGCAGAGAAUUUGGUGGAGUAUCUUAUAAAUCUGAUGUUUAUAGCUACGGAAUGUUGGUGCUAGGAAUGGCUGGAGCAAGAAACAACAUUUGCGUGGAAGUUGAUAGCACUAGCGAGAUAUAUUUUCCAGAUUGGAUAUACAAGCGUUUAGAAAUAGAUGAAGAACUUGGACUUUGUGGGAUUGACAAUGAAGAAGAGAACCAAAUAGCAAGAAAACUGAUUUUAGUGAGCUUGUGGUGCAUACAAACAAAUCCCAAAAAUCGGCCGCCAAUGGAUAGAGUUGUAAAAAUGUUGCAAGGAAGUGUUGCAUCCUUGUCAAUCCCACCAAGACCAAGUUGGCAUUCCCCAUCAAGAUCCCCUCCAGAACUGGUGGCAGAUUCUUCAACUACAAUUGAAUUCAAUAAUGUGGUUCUCACAAGUAAUUAAAUGUGUUGUUCUCCCUUAACAUGAAGCAGGUUACCCAUAAUACCUUGUAAACUACCACAUUUGAGAUUUUGUUGCUUUCUCAGGGUUUGGAUAUGGAUAAUGGUUGCACCCUCUGUUGAUGUUCUAUUGUAGAAUUUAUGCCCAUUUUUUAGGGAUUGGAUUCUCAAAAACAAAUUAAGUUGUUUGUAUUUAGAUGUGAAGUUGUAAAUAUUAUCAACUAAAAUAGACAAUAUAAUUUAAUGAAUAUUUUUAUAAUUAA